AUGAUAUCACAUACAGAUAUUACAUUUCAAUUAGAGUUUCCUGUUGGUAGGAAAUAUGUAGCUGCACAGUUUCAUCUUAGAAAGGGUGAAGAUACAUCGGUUGCAGUUGCACAAUUCAUGCAAGAGUUUGAUAUUCCUCCGUAUCUCUCUGUAUCACUGCUAAACACCAUCGAUACCUUUUUAGAUGAUCAAUAUAUAAGAUAUAAUGAUGAUCAAGAUAAAUUAAAUAGUAUGCAAAGAAAAAAAGAUGAUCAUAUAAAUAAUAAUGCAAAGCAAUAA